AUGAAGUACCAGAAGUACCUGACGGUGCUGCAGAUGGCCAUCGGCGUCACGCCGUCCAACCGCGGCAGCCUGCUGCCGCUCAAGAGGAGGCUGUGGGUAACGCCGUCCUCUGAAAACCCCAGUGGUGCUACUUCUAGUAUCAGCCAAGGAAAGCCUUCUUUAAGACGAAUUAAAGGGAGACUGCACAGAAGCAAGAGCCUCGAUAGCAUCGAUUUCUGUGAACUCACUAACACAACAAUGGAGGAAACAGCUAUAUGGGAACAACACACGGUGACACUUCACAGGGCUCCUGGAUUUGGAUUUGGAAUUGCAAUAUCUGGUGGAAGAGAUAAUCCACAUUUCCAGAGUGGGGAAACCUCCAUCGUGAUAUCAGACGUGCUGAAGGGGGGGCCUGCAGAAGGACAGCUGCAGGAAAAUGACCGAGUGGCAAUGGUUAAUGGCGUCUCCAUGGAUAAUGUUGAGCAUGCAUUUGCUGUUCAGCAACUAAGGAAAAGUGGGAAAAAUGCAAAAAUUACCAUUCGAAGGAAGAAGAAAGUUCAGAUCCCAGUAAGUCGUCCUGAUCCUGAACCUGUGUCUGAGAACGAAGAGGACAGUUAUGACGAGGAGGCGCACGACCCGAGAAGUGGCCGUGGGGCCCUGGCAAACAGGAGGAGCGAGAAGAGCUGGGGCCGAGAUAGGAGUGCCAGUCGGGAGAGGAGUCUGUCCCCCCGGUCAGACAGGCGGUCUGUGGCCUCCAGUCAGCCUGCCAGACCCACCAAAGUCACCCUGGUGAAGUCCCGGAAGAAUGAAGAAUAUGGUCUUCGAUUGGCCAGCCAUAUAUUUGUGAAGGAAAUUUCACAAGAUAGUUUGGCAGCAAGAGAUGGCAAUAUUCAAGAAGGUGAUGUUGUAUUGAAGAUAAAUGGUACCGUGACGGAAAACAUGUCACUGACAGAUGCAAAGACGCUGAUCGAGAGGUCUAAGGGCAAGUUAAAGAUGGUGGUCCAGAGAGAUGAGCGCGCUACCCUGCUGAAUGUCCCUGACCUUUCUGACAGCAUCCACUCUGCUGACGCCUCUGAGAGGGACGAUAUUUCAGAAAUCCAGUCAUUGGCAUCAGACCAUUCAGGUCGAUCCCACGACCGGCCUCCCCGUCACAGCCGCUCUCGGUCUCCUGACCAGCGGUCCGAGCCUUCUGACCAUUCUCGGCACUCGCCACAGCAGCCCAGCAGUGGCAGUCUCCGGAGCAGAGAGGAAGAGAGAAUUUCGAAACCCGGGGCUGUCUCGACUCCGGUAAAGCAUGCAGAUGAUCACACACCUAAAACAGUGGAAGAAGUUGUAGUUGAGCGAAAUGAGAAACAAGCACCCAAUCUUCCAGAACCAAAGCCUGUGUAUGCCCAGGUAGGACAGCCAGACGUGGAUUUACCCGUCAGUCCAUCUGAUGGCGUUCUGCCGAAUUCAACUCAUGAAGAUGGCAUUCUUCGGCCCAGCAUGAAGUUAGUAAAAUUCAGGAAAGGAGAUAGUGUGGGUCUGCGGCUAGCUGGUGGAAACGAUGUUGGCAUAUUUGUAGCUGGUGUUCUCGAAGACAGCCCUGCUGCCAAAGAAGGCUUGGAGGAGGGCGACCAGAUCCUCAGGGUAAACAAUGUAGACUUCACAAAUAUCAUAAGAGAAGAAGCUGUCCUCUUCCUGCUUGACCUCCCAAAAGGAGAAGAAGUGACCAUAUUGGCUCAGAAGAAGAAAGACGUUUAUCGUCGCAUCGUAGAAUCCGAUGUGGGUGAUUCUUUCUAUAUUAGAACCCACUUUGAAUAUGAGAAGGAAUCUCCCUAUGGACUCAGUUUUAACAAAGGAGAGGUGUUCCGUGUUGUGGACACUUUGUACAAUGGGAAGCUGGGCUCCUGGCUCGCCAUUCGGAUUGGCAAAAACCAUAAGGAGGUGGAACGUGGCAUCAUUCCCAACAAGAACAGAGCUGAGCAGUUAGCCAGUGUGCAGUACACACUUCCCAAGACAGCAGGGGGAGACCGCGCUGACUUCUGGAGGUUCCGCGGCCUGCGCAGCUCCAAGAGAAACCUGCGCAAGAGCCGAGAAGACCUCUCAGCCCAACCAGUCCAGACCAAGUUCCCGGCGUAUGAGAGGGUGGUUCUUCGAGAAGCUGGAUUCCUGAGGCCCGUAACCAUCUUUGGACCAAUAGCUGAUGUUGCCAGGGAGAAGCUGGCAAGAGAGGAGCCAGAUAUUUACCAGAUCGCAAAAAGUGAACCUCGGGAUGCAGGAACUGACCAGCGCAGCUCCGGCAUUAUUCGCCUCCACACGAUAAAGCAGAUAAUAGAUCAGGACAAACAUGCCUUACUGGAUGUAACGCCCAAUGCAGUAGACCGUCUGAACUAUGCCCAGUGGUAUCCAAUCGUGGUAUUCCUUAACCCGGACUCUAAGCAGGGUGUGAAAACAAUGCGGAUGAGGUUAUGUCCAGAAUCUCGGAAAAGUGCCAGGAAGUUAUAUGAGCGGUCUCAUAAACUUCGUAAAAAUAACCACCAUCUUUUUACGACUACAAUUAACUUAAAUUCAAUGAAUGAUGGCUGGUAUGGUGCACUGAAAGAAGCAAUUCAGCAACAGCAGAACCAGUUGGUAUGGGUUUCUGAGGGAAAGGCGGAUGGUGCUACAAGUGAUGACCUUGAUUUGCAUGAUGAUCGUCUGUCCUACCUGUCAGCCCCAGGUAGUGAAUACUCAAUGUAUAGCACGGACAGUAGACACACUUCUGACUAUGAAGACACAGAUACAGAAGGCGGGGCCUACACUGAUCAAGAACUAGAUGAGACCCUAAAUGAUGAGGUGGGGACUCCCCCGGAGUCUGCCAUUACCCGGUCCUCUGAGCCUGUCAGAGAGGACUCCUCUGGAAUGCAUCCUGACCACCAGGCAUAUCCUCCCUACUCACCACAAGCGCAGCCACAGCCAGGCCAUAGAAUAGACUCCCCUGGAUUUAAAACAGCCUCUCAACAGAAAGCAGAAGCCUCAUCUCCAGGCCCUUACCUUUCGCCUGAAACAAACCCGGCAGCAUCAGCCUCUGCUGUUAAUCCUCACGUAGACUUAACUAAUGUCAGACUGGAGGAGCCGAGCCCAGCUCCCCCCUCCUCUGACUCACCACACGCCGACUCUUUACGAGCUUCAGGCACUGAGGCCGCUCACGUGCAGCUCAGAGGUCCAGAGCCAUCCCUGUCGUCGCAUGUGGGCCCAGCAAAGGUGUACAGGAAGGACCCCUACCCCGAGGAGACGAUGAGACAGAACCACGUCUUGAAGCAGCCGGCUGCGGCUCACCCUGGGCAGAGGCCAGACAAGGAGCAAGGCCUGAGCUACGAGCCGCAGCCUCCGUACACAGAUCGACAGGCCGGCAGGGAGUUGGAGCAGCCUGCAUACAGAUAUGAUGCCUCUAGCUACCCGGAGCAGUUUGCUCGGAACUAUGACCACCGUCUGCGCUAUGACGACCGCCUCCUCGGCUACGAGGAGCAGUGGCCCUACUACGAAGACAAGCAGCCCUACCAGCCCCGGCCUCUUGAUGGUCAGCCUCCCACAGAGCCCACAGAACGAGGGUAUUUCCCCCGUUUUGAGGAGCCAGUGCCCCUGUCCUAUGAAGGCCGAGCGCACUACGACCCACUGCCCAGGACCUCCACCUUGCGGCACGAAGAGCCGCCUGCCCCCGCCACUGGGUACGACGUGCACGGAAGGUACCGGCCUGACGCGCAGCCCUACUCCACUGCUGGCCCCAAGGCGCCCCCUGAGCCCAAGCCGUACUUGGACCAGUACCCUCGGAGUUACGAGCCAGUUCCUGCCCAGGGCUUCUCCUCCAGGGCAGGCCCAGGCCACUACGAGCCACUUCACAGCACCGUGCUCACUCCGCCACUUGGCCCCUCGUCCCAGCACAAGCCCGAACUCCCGCCCACAGGCACCAAACCCCUGCCUCCACCCCCAGCUCCAGCCGAGGAGGAGGAAGACCCAGCCAUGAAGCCACAAUCUGUGCUCACCAGAGUGAAGAUGUUUGAGAACAAGAGGUCUGCUUCCAUGGAGAACAGGAAGGAUGAGAGCCAUUCCACUAGUUUCAAGCCCCCAGAAGUCAUGUCAAAACCGGCAGGUGCUCCUGUCCCAGGUCCGAAAGCCCCCGCUCCGAGUCAGCUCAGUGAACACGACAGAGCAGCACAUAGGAUCCCUGAACCACAGAGGCCUCACAUGAAGCCACCUGAAGACAUCGUUCGGGCAAAUCACUAUGACCCUGAGGAGGAUGAGGAGUACUACCGGAAGCAGCUCUCCUACUUCGAUCGGAGAAGCUUUGAGGCCAAGCCUCCCGCCCAUGUCCCCACUAGCCACCUCUCGGAGCCCACCAGGCCAGCUCACCCCCAGUCUCAGCCACAGUUUGCUGGUUACUCUUCCAAGGGGAAGGCUGCUGAGGCUGAAGCUGUGGACAGGUCGUUCGGGGAGAAGCGCUAUGACCCGCUGCAGGCGACGCCCCCCCCUCCGCCGCUGCCCACUCAGUACAGCCAGGGUGCUCACCCCAGCCCCAACACAGCUCUCGGCCUCCAGGCACACACCAAGGGGCCGCACGGUGAAGGUAAUGCUAUGUCGUUGGAUUUUCAGAACUCAUUAGUGUCCAAACCGGACCCACCUCCAUCUCAGAAUAAGCCAGCAGCUUACAGACCAGCCCCCCGAGAGGAUGCUGUCCAGUCUGCUUUUUACCCCCAAAAGAGUUUCCCAGAGAAAGCUCCAGCUAAUGGGGUCGAACAGACGCAGAAAACGGUCACGCCAGCAUACAAUCGAUUCACACCAAAACCAUACACAAGCUCUGCACGGCCAUUUGAACGCAAGUUUGAAAGUCCUAAAUUCAACCACAAUCUCCUGCCGAAUGAAACCACACACAAACCUGACCUAUCCUCCAAAGCUCCCGCUUCUCCAAAGACCCUCCUGAAGUCUGCACAGCCUCCUGAGUUUGACAGUGGUGUGGAGACCUUCUCUGUCCACACAGACAACAAGCUGAAAUACCAAGUAAACAGUGUUAGCACAGGGCCGAGAGCAGUGCCCGUGAGUCCCUCAGCCGUGGAGGAGGAGGAAGAUGAAGACGGUCAUACAGUGGUGGCUACUGCCCGUGGCGUAUUUAACAGCAAUGGUGGGGUGCUGAGCUCCAUUGAGACUGGUGUCAGCAUCAUCAUCCCCCAGGGAGCCAUUCCCGAGGGGGUGGAACAGGAGAUCUACUUCAAGGUCUGCCGUGACAACAGCAUCCUGCCGCCUUUGGACAAAGAGAAGGGUGAGACCCUGCUGAGCCCCCUAGUGAUGUGUGGGCCCCAUGGCCUCAAGUUCCUGAAGCCCGUGGAGCUGCGCCUACCACACUGUGCGUCCAUGACUCCUGACGGUUGGUCUUUUGCUCUAAAAUCAUCCGACUCCUCGUCGGGUGAUCCUAAAACCUGGCAAAACAAGUGUCUUCCUGGAGAUCCAAAUUAUCUUGUUGGAGCAAACUGUGUUUCUGUCCUGAUUGACCACUUUUAA